AUGGGUGGAAUUGACGACAACACUUGGCCCAUGCCAGGUGACAUGGCUGGGAAGGUCAUAACUUGCAAAGCGGCCGUAGCGUGGGGUCCCGGACUGCCUUUGGAAAUAGAAGAAGUUCGCGUUGACCCCCCUCAGAAAAUGGAGGUCCGAAUCAAGAUCCUUUUCACUUCAAUAUGCCAUACUGAUCUCAGUGCUUGGCAAGGCGAGAAUGAAGAUCAACGAGUAUAUCCUCGUAUUUUUGGCCAUGAAGCCUCUGGAAUUGUUGAGAGUGUGGGAGAAGGAGUAAGAGACAUGAAGAAAGGGGACCAUGUGGUUCCAAUAUUUAACGGAGAGUGUGGAGACUGUGUCUACUGCAAGUGUGAGAAAACCAAUCUGUGCGAGAUAUUCAGGGUGAAUCCAUUUAAGAGCGUGAUGGUGAAUGAUGGAAGGAGUAGGUUCUCAACCAAGCUUGGUGAACCCAUCUACCAUUUCCUCAACACUUCGACUUUCAGCGAAUACACUGUCCUGGACUCAGCUUGUGUUGUCAAGAUUGAACCCCAAGUUUCUCUCAAGAAGAUGACCUUGCUCAGUUGUGGAGUUUCAACUGGAGUGGGGGCGGUAUGGAAUAGCGCUAACGUGAAAGCUGGGUCAACCGUCGCUAUUUUUGGUUUGGGUGCCGUGGGACUCGCUGUUGCUGAAGGAGCAAGAGCCAGAGCAGCAUCUAAAAUCAUAGGAGUCGAUAUCAACUCCGAGAAAUUUACCAAAGAUCUUUCGUUGGACAUAGGAAAAGCAAUGGGAAUGACGGAUUUCUUUAACCCCCGGGAUGUAGACAAGCCGGUGCAUGAGGGAUGGGGGUUAACUGUGACACUAGGAAUUCAUCCAACACCCAGGAUGCUUCCUUUCCAUCCAAUGGAGUUGUUCCACGGUAGGAGAAUCAUUGGAUCAGUUUUCGGAGAUGUUAAAGGGAAGACCCAACUCCCCCAUUUCGCCAAAGAAUGCAUGCGUGGGGUUCUUAAUUUGGACGAGUUUAUAACUCACGAGCUUCCCUUUAGCAAGAUCAAUGAAGCUUUUCAGCUGUUGCUCAAGGGAAAAUCAUUGAGGUGCCUUCUUCACCUUUGA